AGCCGCUGAGCUCAAAGGCCGACGCAUUUAGACUGGCAGUGUCGCUCGGCUCUCCAGGCCCGAAUCCUCACGGCGCCUGGCGAUGGCCGACCUGAGUGCGGUGUUCUCGGAGGCGGACACGGUCAUUCUCUCGUGCCGCCUCUGGCCAGCCAGCAGGCAGUUCGACUCCCACCGCUUCGGCAGCGGGUCCACCACGGCGAGCUGCAACGACAAGAGCAUGCCCCUCUCAGACCUCUCCGAGGUCGCUGGAGGCGUCCUGGCCGAGCAGUGCGGCGAGCCCCUCGCCGGAUUCUCCAGCGCGCAGGGCACGGCCGCGCACGAGGCGGGCGUGGACGUGGUCCAGAGCCGCCGCAGGCGCAUCGCGCAGCGGCGGGCCCUCGGCAGGGAACGACUUAUGAGGCCCGACUGCAGAGAUUUGCCGGGUCGCUCGUCCCCUGCUCAAUGCGAGGGCGCAGCCCGGCGGCGAGGGCGAGUGGUCCGAGCACCUCUGCGGCUUCUGCAGCAGCGACUGCCGGCAGUGCGCGGCCUCGCGCGCGGUGGACCGCCCGCCCGCGGUCGAGGAGCGCUCUGGCUGAGGCGGUUCUCCGCAGCCCGCUGCGCGGGGGCGCCGUCGACGAGGCCCACGAGGGGCUCCAGGCCGGGCCCCUCGGACGCCGCAGCCACGGGGCGGAUGUUCGCUCCUGCCUCUCGCGGCCACGGGCCGCUUUUUCGUUGUGCGAUGGCGUAUCCGCGGGAUCGCGCCCUGGGAUCUAGACCGCGAGGGCGAGGAUAGGAUAGGAACGCCGCUCGUGACUUCGGUCCCCGGUGCCUGCAGUAGCUGUCAGAGGUGAUCGCAAGG